AUGAUGGCGAUCAUCGGAAUGUUCUUCCAGGACGGCUUGACUGGCUCCGCGUGGGGCGACUGGGCGCUCUACACGGGCUCUCCGCUGCGCGCGUUCGAGAGCGAGCUGGGCGUGCAAGCUCCCGUGGGCUUCUGGGACCCUGCUGGUCUCUCGAAGGACGGUGAUGCUGCGGCCUUCAAGCGCCGACGCUCCACGGAGAUAAAGCAUGGCCGCGUGUCGAUGCUGGCUACGAUGGGCUACAUUACGCCCGAGGUCGCUGGCAAGUUCCCAGGGUACCUCAGCCCGUCCAAGGGUCUCGCUUUCCAGGAUAUCCCGAACGGCCUGGCAGCCAUCUCCAAGGUGCCGUUCCUCGGGUGGCUUCAGAUCGUCAUCUACUGCCUCUACGUCGAGGCGUCUGGCCUCGGCUUCAACUACAUCGGCACUGAGCAGACGCCCGGCGACGUGGGCUGGAAGCCGCCCCUGCUCUCCGGCUUCGACGGCGAGGCGAAGACGAAGAAACUGAAUGCCGAGAUCGCCAACGGCAGGCUGGCAAUGAUGGCGAUCAUCGGGAUGUUUUUUCAGGACGGUCUCACUGGAAGUGCGUGGGGCGACUGGGCGCUGUAUACCGACUCCCCACUGCGCGCGUUCGAGAGCGAGCUGGGCGUGCAGGCCCCUUUCGGGUACUGGGAUCCAGCCGGGCUGACUAAGGACGGCGAUACGGAGGCGUUCAAGAGGCGCCGCGUCACCGAGAUCAAGCACGGGCGCGUAUCCAUGUGGGCGUGCAUGGGCUACAUCACCCCUGAGUACUUCAAGUGGCCUGGCUACUGCUCGCCGUCUAAGGGCCUCAAGUUCGCGGACAUCCCCAACGGUCUUGCAGCGCUGUCCAAGGUCCCCGGAGCGGGCUGGUGCCAGAUCUUCCUGUUCUGCGGCCUGCUCGAGAAGGGCCUGUUCGUGUACGACCCGUCGAGGGCCCCUGGCGACUACGAGAACGGCGGCGUCCUGGGCGUGCCCAACGGCAGCACACUGCCGGCCGGCGAGGCCAAGUCCCGCAAGCUGAACGCCGAGAUCGCGAACGGAAGGCUGGCGAUGAUGGCAAUCAUCGGCAUGUUUUAUCAGGAUGGCCUGACUGGGUCUGCGUGGGGUGACUGGGAGUUGUACACGGACUCGCCGCUGCGAUGA